CUAUUUAAAAUAUAUUCUUUCCCUAUAAUCAAAAGUAUAUUAAUAAAACCCUUGAGAUAAAUGGAACGCCAAAAAAAAAAAAAAAGUUUCUUUUUGAGUCAUUGAAAAGAAACAAAGAAACGUGAAAUUCAAAGUUGAAAACUUCGGAGAUUGCAAAGCGAAGAGAUAAGAGGGUUUUAAGGAUACGAGAAAGAAAAUAAAAUUAGCAGACGUCAAUCAGAAUCAAUGUUGAAUAGGCUGAGAUUUCAGACAGCUGACGUCAGCAUCACUGCCAUCAAUCGCGCUUUCCCUACUAACAUCAGCCCGCACCUUCGCUUCCAUAAUCUCCGCCUCCCGCUCCGCCGCUUCGCUUCUCUUUCCGUCCGAUCAGAGUAUGGUUCGGCUUCACCAUCAUCGUCAUCAACAUCAUCUAAGCCGUUGGUUUCUACUCAUUAUAUCUCCUCCGUCGGAUCCUCUUCUGUCCAGCUCUCUCAAUGGACCCUCACCAACCGCCACAUCCUCGUGCUCAACGUCAUCGCUUGCUCUGUGGCAGUUUCAGCAACUUGGCUCUUUCUCUCUGCAAUCCCCACUCUUAUGGCUUUCAAGAGAGCAGCAGAGUCACUAGAGAAGCUGAUGGAUGUCACCAGGGAAGAGCUUCCUGAUACAAUGGCUGCUGUUCGGCUAUCAGGCAUGGAGAUUAGCGACUUAACAAUGGAGCUUAGUGAUUUGGGACAGGGGAUUACGCAAAGUGUCAGAAGCUCAACUAGAGCUGUUCGCUUAGCUGAAGAGAGAUUGCGUGGGUUAACAGACGUUGCUUCAUCAGCUUCGGUGCAGGUGGUAGCCAAUCAGAAAACUGAGGUAUCAGGGCCAGUGUUGGCUCGAACUGCAAGAAGUAUGAGGGAGGGAAUUGUAAAGGGUCGAGCCGUAUUUCAAAUAUUUUUCACUCUUACCCGAUUUUCUAGGAUGGCUCUUAACUAUUUUGCCAAUCGAGGGGCCUUGUAAUUUUAAUUGAACAUAGAGAUAUUUCAAUUAGUCUAGUGAGGGCUCCAUACCAAACGGGGAUAAGGGAGACAUGUUUAAUUGCCAGUAGGAGACAAAUACUCCAUAACGAAGUAUAAAGAGAACAAAUCAGCAAAACACCAUUCGCUUCUGCUACCUCUACACAGCCCCACUAAACAAUGCUAUCACUACUCGAAUGCUGUUUGAUUUAUUCUUCUUGUCAAUUUGCUGAUAACUCUCUGCUGAUUAGUCUAGUUUAGUCUCUUGUGUUUUAACUCAACAAGAGAUGGUUUAUCUUUAUCGUAGCUUAAAAACUGCUUGGUUCCGUGUCUGUCUUGGUAUCUUUCUUAUGAAGAACGACAACCAUAUUGAAGGCAGAAACUAAUCCAUGUUUGGACUUACUCUUUUAGUUUAUCUGAGUUUUGGUUUUUUUUUUUUAGCAUAAAUGUUAUUAUGUUCAAAUAAACUUUGGUCAAUUUGUUUGCCAACAA